CAACCAAGCUUUUCAAAUCAGAGAGAGCUGAGAAAGAAAGAAAGAAAAAAAAAGAAUUCAGUAAUUGCAAGUUAAGAUUAGCUGCAGCCAUGGGAUUCUGCUGCGGGCCUUCGGAUGUCCAGGUGCUCCCCAAGAACGCCUCCUCCUCGUCAUCCUCCUCCUCCUCCUCGUCACCUGCUAACAGCUCUGGGAAGAAGAAGCAACCAGAGCAGGGGAAGCGUCAAGCUGUGAAGCAGGGCGAGGUGAAGGAGAAGAAGAUGAGCAACCUCGACCGAGCUGCCCUGACCACGCCCCACUUCCCCUUCCAUUCUCGCCCCGGCCUCAUGUAAUGACCUGAGGAGUUCAGCCUCUGGUCGGUGUUAGGAAAUAGGAACUAGGAUGACUUCGGUUCUUCCGUUGAAUUUCUGAUAUCUGUUGGUGUUGUGUUCUAUUCAUUCAUGGGGUUUGGUUGUACUGGAUGAGCCAAUUGGUGGUGUUUCUUGUUAAUUUA